AUGGGUGGUCGAAGGUGUGCUGUUGUUGGUUGUAAGAGCCGAACAGUGAAGAAAGGAGAACAAGGUGUACAUUUUUAUCGAAUCCCAAAGGAACAACCGUGGAAAGAUAUUUGGACGACUUUUACACGUCGUGGUAGUGAUUUUGAAGUGAAAAAGUUCACUUCAAUUUGUCAUGAACAUUUUGCGGCAUCUGCUUUUGACUACAAGAAAAAGUUAACUUUACUCCAGAAAAAUGCCGUCCCCACAAUUUUCAAACGUGAUACCUUGAAUGGUCUGGAGACCGUAGUUUUGACUUUUGACAGAUCCGUACUUCACUAUGUUGAAACUGAUACAUUACUCAAUCCUGCCUAUGAUAAGGAAAAAAGAAUUCAAGAAAUUCUUGAAAAGCGUAACACGAAGUUGAAGGAAAUUUUACAAUUAUGUCGAUUUUGUUCUGAUAGUGGCGAUGGUUUUCUUCAAAUAAAUACUUUGAAAGAUUAUUCUAUAAACCCCACAGAAAUGAUGAAUCUCUUGGGCAUCGCAUCAGAUAAAGACAUUUUUAGUAAUUUAACUUGUGAGGAAUGUUUUCAACAAAUCAUUAUCAUUGAUGGAUAUCGAAAGCGAUGUCAAAGAGCUCAACACAAUCUCAACGAAGAAAUCAAAGUUCUCGAUGUUAAUUUAGAAAAAAUCAGUAAGAUGUGCGUGGAUGGAAGUUCAUGGAUGAAAACUGAGACAUGGGACGAUGAUGAUGAUGAUGCUGAUGAUGAUUACUUUUUGAAUGAUAUCAAUGUUCGAGAAUCCGAAGCUAAUAGUAAGGAAUAUAAGCAAGAACAAGACUUUCAUGAGAUAAUCCUAAAAGAAGAGGGAAAUGAUGUUUCAUCUUCCGAUGCAAAUCUCAAAGAUUUCUUAACUUUAUCAGAUGAGAAUCUUUAUGAUCAUAUUACAGGGUUUGAACAAAUUGAAACAUUGACAGGAAGCAAUCCUUUUUGUGAUACGGAAAUGAAAUCCAAGAAAGCAACAAAAUCGACUGCCAAAUCAAAAACACCUAAAAAAACGAAAGGAAUUAAUGAAACUUGUGCAAAGAUAACUCUAAAAGUCGUAAAGGUUAAAAAUGAAACCAUGUUAUGUCAAGAAUCUAAACAGGAAACAUUUGGUCAUGAACAAAGAAUUAUUCCAAUGAAGAAACGACCUCAUAAUUUGAAAACUUAUGAAUGUUUCUUUUGUGGCAUUAGAUUUGAUGGACAAGAUGCUUGGCGACGACAUGAUUGUCAACAAAAAAUCCUCCGAUGUGAAAUAGAAAACUGUGGAAAAAGUUUUGUAGCAAUAAGUGGCUUCAAUCAACAUAUUCAGCAUCUUCACAAGCUUCCUAAACUCUCUCGUUUCUUCUGUGCUAGUUGUAAGGUGUCGAUGGUGAGAACUGAAGAAGACUUCAAAAAACAUUUGCGUGAGUGUGAGAACAACGUCAUUUCAUCAGCUUCAUGUCAACCAAUCACAUGUGAAAUUUGUGGUAAAUUAUGUCCUUCGCAGAAAAGUUUCGCUGUUCAUCUACUGUUUCAUAAGAAUGGAGAAACGUAUACGCCACCGAAAAAAUGGAAACCAAAGAAAAAAGGGAUCUUCAUGUGUGACUCUUGCGGAAAGAGCUUUGAAUACGCUAGAAAUUUACGAGAACAUAUUCAGAGAAUGCAUAAAGAGCCUGAUCCUAAUCCAAUCAUUUAUACAUGUGAUUUUUGUGGGAAAACUCGAACAAAUCGUCGAUUGCUUUCUAAACACAUCAGAAACGUUCAUACCAGUCAACCAACACCUUGCCGUGUUUGUGGUAAAAUAUUCAGAAACAAACCGUUGCUUCAAGCACAUAUGAUUUAUCACAAAGAUUAUAAACGCAUUCAUUUUUGUCCAAUGUGCCCUGAGAAGCCACCUUAUGUAACAGCUGUUGCACUCAAACGACAUCAAGAAUCAGCUCAUGGUCUCGGUCAAGGAUACCAAUGUGAAAUUUGUUUAGAGACUUUUAGAACAACGCCUGGCUUAAGUAACCAUAAGAAUACAGUGCAUAAUGUUUACCGCUACAAGGCUCAAGGAUAUGCAAAGGAAUAUCUGGACUCUAAAAAUUUAUAUCCAGGGGGCUCCUCUACAAUCUGUGAAGUUCAUUUCAAAAAAGAAUGCUUUGUGGAGAAGAAGGAUCGAGUGCAUUUGUCUAAAACAGCUGUGCCAACAAUUUUUAUUAGACCUACAAGUCUCAUUGGUUUAGAAAUGUCCGAAGUUCCUUAUGAUGAAGUGAACCAUCAAUAUUAUGGUCAACAAAGCAUUGAUUUACUUCAAAAUAAAAGCAGUGACAAAGAGGAAGAAGAAGAAGUUCUUUUAACCAAAAGGCAACAAAAGCUUGACGAAGUAAAAAGUCUUUGUCGUUUCUGUUUUAGUUUCAAUUCAAAGGAUGACAGAAAAUGCGUGCCAAUGUCAAAAUUGGAAUCAUAUUCAAUUGAUUUGAAACAAUUUAUGACAUUCCUUGAGCUUUCACUGGAAACGAAAGAUAAUUUUGGUAAUCUUGUGUGCGAACAAUGUUUUCAGCAAAUUGUUGAGAUUGAUAUGUUUAAGAAGAAGUGCAAGCAGACGUAUGAUGAAGUUUAUACCGAAAUUCAAGAGAUAGAAAAUAAAAUUUUGGAAGUUCGUGCUACCAAAAGUAACAAUAAAAGUUGGUUUCAUAAUGAUCUUAGUUUCACUGACUUUGAGCAACAAAAUGAUCCACAAACAGAAGCACCGACGUCUAUUGAGAUACUUGAAGAGCAUUUGGUUGAAGACAGUGAUUUUGAUGAUGAUUAUAAUCAAUAUGCACAUCCGUCCACUGAUAAUCAAACAAUGCCAAUUGAUCAUACUGACGAUCUUAUCGAAGAAAUUCAUGAUGGUUACAAAGUUAUCUAUCAACAAAUUCCUGAAGAAAAUAUUUGUAACAAUGAAACAAUUCUAGAGGAAUCCUUAAAAGUGUGUGACCAAGAUAUUAAUAUUCAAGUGCUGACAGACGAUAACGUGAAACAGGAAAAGCUGAAAGAAAUUCCACAAGGCGUUGACGUCUAUGACAUCGGAUCUACUGAUGACAUCAUAAAAAAUCCUGAAAGGAAUCGAUUUUGCUUCAGAAUCUACGAAUGCUUCUUUUGUAAAAUGAAAUUUGCUGGCAGGAAAACUUAUGUGGCUCAUAAAUGUUCGGUGACGGAAGUAAAAUGUGAACAAUGUGAGAAAGUUUUUAACAGAAUUCAAUCAUAUAACAGUCAUGUGUCUCAUGUCCAUGGAUCUCUUCCUGUUUCUAAACAUUUCUGUCCUCUUUGUAAGACUGUCAUCAUGGCAACUCUUAAUCAGUUCAAACAACAUCGCCGACAAUGCAACAAAGAAGUGAAAAAUCAACCUAUUGAGUGUGAAGUGUGUGGAAAAGUAUGCAACAAUCUUAAAGGGUACACGAUACAUAAACUCUUUCAUGAUACGAGAAACUUCACAACAAGUAGUGGGGAAAAAAUUGUUUCUCAAGGACUUAAUGUGUACAAAGGUUUAGCAAUUUGUGAGCUUUGUGGUAAAGAUUUCCAAUCAAGUGUAGGCUAUCGAAUGCACAAGAGAAAUGUUCAUAGGAUCGGUCAAGCUGAAGACGAAACAUUUCAAUGUCACGUCUGUUCAAAAAUUUGUCCCACCAAAAGAUCAUUAUUUGAUCACAUGAGGAAUACUCAUCGAGUACAGCACAGUCAAUGCAACGUCUGUAAUAAAAUAUUUCGCACAAAAGUUCUUUUAAAGAAGCACAUGAUAUACCACGAUGAAACGAAAAGAAUUUACAAAUGCAAGCUUUGUCCCGACAAACCCGGAUAUUUUACAAAUGUUGCACUCAAACGACAUCAGAAAUCUCAUGUUGGAUCUAGAGAUUAUCGAUGUGACUUUCCAUUAUGUGAAUCGGCUUAUACAACAAAUCAUCAACUUAAACUUCAUAAAAUAAACAAACAUGCUUCAAUAUUUAAUUAAAAAUGCAAAACAGCCAAAUAAAAUUUUGUUUUUUCCUUAUA